UGAACGACAUUGGUGACCUUGUGGGUCAGAGGAAUGAAACAAAUUCAAAACUGGGGAUUGAGGCAACUUGAACUCGUGACCCCAGUACUUCUAAAAUCCUUGCUCCCUCCCCCAGAAAUCACCACACAAAUGCUUCUGUGUGUGUCAACUCAUGGUUGCUGCUGCUGGGAUCAAAUGGUGGACCUAAACCCAUUGAAAAACCGGCUCGUCAAAUCGCAGUCCGGUUGAUCCAGUUCCACCUUUUCCUUUCGCUCCGAGGAGCCAUGGAGAGAGUGUAACGGUUCAAUCCGACUCUCCUCUCCUGGAUUUCCUAGUCGCUCCCGCUGCUGCUGCUUGCCUGCUGCUUGACUACAUUGUAUCGGUUCCCACACGAAGAAGCAAACGCGGUGCUCUCUUUCACAAACGGACGAACACGGAGGAAUUAACCUGGAUGGAAAGCCGUUCACUGUGGAAUUCAUUUGCAGAAGCCUGCAACCGACGAACCGCUUCGCUUGGGGCUCGGGAAGGCAGCGGUGAAAAUGCGCCUGGGACUCGGCUGUUUUCGCUGUGGACGGUGCCUCGAAGUGUGAUGGCAGAAGUCCAGUGAAUCGCUGGCCUCCCCUCCUCUCUUGUGUUGGGUGUCUGGGGGAGUGUGCUGCCACUGGUUUCUACUAGAGCUCCAGAUUGUAUUUAGAGGUUUUACUGCAACUCAGCCGCCUGCACGUUGAUUUAUUCUUUACACGGAGCGCACACCGCCAUGGACGGAGAGCGGUCUGGAAUAGGAUUGUUUAGUUAAGUCGGGCACAAUGUGGUUAAAUGGGACAGGAAGGAGUAGAACGUGAAGAUUCUCUGACCCUUGCCCCUGACUCCCAACCGUCCGAGAGGGUGUCGGACCUCACCGAGGCAUUCCUGGGCCGUUGGCACUAAAAUGUCCCUAAGUGGUGGCACUGCAGGCGGGAAAGGUGUGGACUCGAAUGCGGUGGACACUUACGACAGCGGGGAUGAGUGGGAUAUCGGUGUUGGAAAUCUGAUCAUCGACCUCGACGCGGACUUAGAGAAAGACAAACUUGAGAUGUCUGGCACCAAGGACAGCAUGGCGGCACCACCCAGUGCAGUGGCAGCGUUGCCCGACAACAUACGAUUCGUCAGCCCGGUCUCCGGCGCUCAAGGCAAGGAGAGCAAAUCCAAAUACAAGCGCAACAAGAACUCUAAAGACAAUAGCAGCAAAGCUUCCGCGGAUGGGGGGAAAAAAGAGCCCACUGGACGGACUCAAGGGGAACCAACAGGUGCAGCAGCGAACGCGGCCGCUGCCGGCAACAACUCCACCUCUGGGAAGAACAUGGAAAAAGGGGGCAAGGCCUCCCGAGGUGUUCUUGGUGGUAAAAAGGACAAGGAAGGAGCUGGCGGGAAAAAUAAGAAAGACAAAACAGAUGGCGCCCCUAUCGUGGCAAUUGGCGUCUCUGAGAAGGACGUAUCUCAGGCUCAAGUUGCUUUGGGAAAUAGUCGUAAUGCGUCCUUUGAGAACACACAAUCAACAGACUUGGCAGAUGCUAAUCAAAUGGGAAAUAUUGCACUUGAAUCUGUUGGGAUAGUACCAGCUUUGAUCUCCAAAAGUGAACCAGAUGAGGUUGAAAAUGUUAACAGCGAAUGCAAGACGUUAAAGAAGAUUAAAAACGAGAAGAUGGAAUCUCCCGUCUCCACGCCAGCUCCUCCCCCUCUCCACCUGCUGGCCACGGUCGGCAACAGCGAAAUCGCCUCGCCAUGCGAGCAGAUAAUGGUGCGCACACGCUCAGUGGCGGUGAACACAUCCGACGUGGCCCUGGCCACAGAACCCGAGUGCUUGGGGCCGUGCGAGCCCGGAACCAGUGUCAACCUUGAAGGCAUCGUGUGGCAAGAAACCGAAGACGGUAUGCUGGUGGUCAAUGUCACCUGGAGAAACAAGACCUAUGUGGGCACCUUGUUAGACUGCACACGGCAUGACUGGGCUCCCCCCAGAUUUUGUGAAUCACCCACAAGUGAUCUGGAAAUGAGGAAUGGUCGCGGUCGAGGUAAGCGAAUGAGACCGAACAGCAACACACCUAUCAAUGAGAACAGCAACUCAUCAGACAACAAGGGUGCCACAAACAACAAGACGCGUGCCGCCUCAAACACCAAGGGCCGGAGGGGCAGCCAGACACCAUCAGAGCGCCGCACCCCUCCAAACAGCAACACAGAGGAUAUCAAAGCCAGCCCUUCUUCAGCUGGAAAACGCAAGACCAAACCUGCCUCUGACAUGGAACCCAACUCCAGCUCAGAGGACACCAAAGGCAACAAACGAAUGCGGACAAACUCCAACAAUGGAGGUGUGGGAGCCACAGGUCUCCCUAUCCCUUCUAUUAAGACGGAAUCACUUCCACCGCCACUCGAUCGCAGCUGUCCGUCUCCGGUUCUUAUAGACUGUCCCCAUCCCAACUGCAACAAAAAAUACAAGCACAUCAAUGGACUGAAGUACCAUCAAUCCCGUGCUCACAAUGAUGAUGACAUAAAGUUGGACUUGGAUGGAGACAGUGAAUAUGGCGAGGACUCAACUCUCCACCCUGAACCGGGAAACUGUAAUGGGGCAUCUAUCUCCCAGAAAGGAUCUUUGUCCCCAGCACGUUCAGUUACUCCGAAAGGCAGAAACUUUGAUGCACAAAGUCCGUCUCCUUCUCCUGGAAAAUUUGGUUCAAAGCAGAGUAAAAAGAAAAUAGUUGAGGCAGAUCCAGACACAGGAGGUGCACCGAUGGAUGGCUGUGAAGAUGGGCCAUGCCUUACUGAUGAGGCUAGUAAUGAUGGCAUAGAUGAUAAGAGAGGAUCAGAUAAGUCUAAGAAGGCUAACACUGGUACAAAAACUGAUAAAAUUGCCCAGAAAAACUUGAAGUCGCCACGUCCUAUUGGCCCUGGACCACCGGGAUCCCAACAAAUGUAUCCAUUUCCACCUGGAAACCCAAAUUCCUCCCCAGGACUAGCCCCAAUGAUACAGGGAAUCCCCAAGAGCCCUCAAAUGAGAGGGACACAACCUAAACCCCCUGCUAUUGGAGAUCCAGCUUCAACUAGUUCCAAAGACAAAAAGAAGAAAGACAAAAAGAAAAAGGAUGGUCUAAAGGACGCUGAUAGUCCCAAGCCUCUGGGAAAGGGUGGAAAAUUAGAGGAAGCAAAGCUUCCAUAUUCUGAGCCUUGUGAUCAAGGGAACAAGGGAGAAGGUCUCCUCAAUGGUUCCUCAGACCCCCAUCAGAGUCGCUUGGCCAGCAUCAAGGCAGAGGCUGACAAAAUUUACAGCUUUUCCGACAAUGCGCCAAGUCCAUCUAUUGGUGUUGCUAGUCGGAUAGAUGGCACUGGUAUGCCACAACCUCUCACACCACACCAUGUGGUAAACCAGAAUGGUGCUGACAACUCUUCAGUCAAAACCAAUAGCCCAGCCUAUUCAGACAUUUCAGAUGCUGGGGAGGAUGGUGAAGGGAAACCAGAGGGUGUCAAAGUCAGGACAGAUGACCAAACCAUCAGGGAAAGCGUCAAAAAAGCACUCUUUCCAAAUCAGACACCCAAUAAAGAUUCCCCCUACUAUACCAGUUACGAGGCUUACUACUCUCCUAACUAUGUAAACCCCAGUCCCGGUGGCCCCAAUCCAGUUGCACCAGUGGCUGAAGGUCAGGCUAAGAUCAAAAGAGAUGAUGAACAUGAUCAAGUUGAGGAGAAAGUAAAGGUUGAAGUUCAUGAAGAACGAAAAUCUGACCCCAGUGUUGCUGGCCAACAGCAACAACAGCCAUCGGUCAUCCAGCAGCGGUCAAACAUGUACAUGCAGCCCCUGUACUACAAUCAGUAUGCAUAUGUCCCCCCUUAUGCAUACAGCCCUGAUCAAGCCUACCACAACCACUUGAUGAACACCAACCCUGCCUACCGGCAACAGUAUGAGGAGCGGCAGAGGCAGAUGGCCGAGCAGCAUCGAGCUGCUGAGAAGAAGUCGGAUGUUGUCAUGAAGGAGCGAGAAGCCUCCAUGAAGGAGGAGUGGAAACAAAAGAGCCCAAUGCCACCAAGCCUCUCCAAAGCCCAGAGUCAGUCAGAUCUCGGAAAGAUACCACAGCCGCCAAGCAAAUCCAGAGACUCACCUUCUGAGCUGUCCUCCAAGUCUAUUGGAAGCAUAAAGGGGGAGGAUCCAAAGUCCCAGCAAGCUGAGGGGCUAAAGAUGAAACUGUCUGAAGGGGGUCACCAUGGAAAGGAAGACUCUUUGCAAGCUCUCGAGUCCAGAGGCCAGGCAGGGAUGGAACAACCCAUGUGGUACAGACAGCCAUAUCCCGAGAGCCAGAAACUCCAACUAGAGGACGAACACCAGCAACAACAGCAUCGGAGGAAAGACGAAAGGGAAAGGGAUCGGAAAAUAAAGGAAGAAAGGGUCAGGCUGAAGGAGGGUCAAAGUGGACCCAAGGAGGAUGGAAAAGACAGCAAUGAUCCCAGAAUCAGUGCUGAGGACCAUCGAGCCAUGAGCAAAGACUCUCGUUCUAACCCGCAUAUGCAGUUCACAUCACAAUUAGCACAGCACCAAGGCUACUUGCCGUACAUGCAUGGAUACCCCUAUGGACAAGGCUAUGACCCCAACCACCCAGGAUACAGGGGCAUGUCUUCGGUCAUGAUGCAGAAUUACCCAGGUUACCUCUCUGGAAGUUAUCCAUUUUCUACUUACGGGGGUAAAAUGGUGGGAGGUGACGAAGGCAGCGAGAAAUCCCGCGCUAGCCCCACGGUCACAAAAACGGCAACGGACUCCAAAGCCCUGGACAUCCUGCAUCAGCACGUCAGCCAGUACAAGAGCAAAUCCCCCACGGUGGGCGACAAACCGUCCCACGACAGAGAACGGGACCAGGACCGGGGAGCCGCCGUCGACAGGGAGCGGGAACGGGAGCGUGAGAGGGACAGAGACAGGGAUGUGGACCGACCGCGCUCGUCACCGUCCCAGCGCAUCAUGCCCUCUCACCACCACCUGGCAUACCCGCUGCUCUCAGGGCAAUAUGACCUGUCCUAUGCCACAGGGAAACCUGACCGUCACACCUCAACCCUGCAGAGAUUCAUGUGACUGGCUCACAUGAGAGCAACAUCCUCUGGUUGUUACCUUUUAGACAUCAGUUGAAUGGUGUUUCUAUCUUUUAUUUGUUGUUUUGUUUCUCUGUCCCAAGGCAAGGCAGAAUGUUGUUGCUGUUCUUUUUUGUUUGUUUGUUUGUUUGUUUGUUUUCUUCUCCUCACGAAAGACCCCAAAUUCUCUGAUCCGAGGACUGUAACACGACUUAAGAGUAUAACCCAGGUUCAAAGCCAUCGCUGUGCCCCUUCCCGCAGAGGAAACACCGACCCGCUCAAUACCUAGUCUUUGCACUGUCGACAAAUACAAUGCAAAAAGAGACUGCCAGAACAGCUUUUCGUGUUUCCUUUUUGAUUUUUCUUUUUUUUUUUUUGUUGUCGUUGUUUUCAGACUGCAUUGUUUCUUUUUUGUCACACAGAAAAGAACUUGGCAGGUUGAAUUUGGGGUACUUGGGAGGGAGGGAAAGAGGCGUCGACUAAACUAAAGACUGGCUUUACAGUACGCCGUGAAACAACAGCAUAUCCUUAACUUGACAAAUGUUCGGCUAUGUUUAGGGGAGAGGAAGGGGGAGGAUGGUAACAGCUGCUUUCUUCAGAGACUUAAGAGCCUGAGAGUGAAGUUUUCCCAUCUUCAUCGUCAUCGCUUCAAGUUUUUCGGCUUUUUUUGUUUUGUUUUGUUUUGCUUUGCUUUGUUUCCUAAAGGAACACCUCACAUUUAGUUUCAGGGAUGAUGCCGUCAUGUUUCAGCAAACACACCUCAUGGAGAAACAAACCAACACUAUUCGUGUCUCCUUUUCUCUCUCUCUCUCUCUCUCUCUCUCUCUCUCUCUCUUUAAACUCUCUUUCAUAUCAUUGUAUGUCCAUCUUCGGAAGUGUCUGACGCCGGAUUCAGUCAUGUUUUUGAUUUAGUUUUUUAAAUGUGUGUUUUUAUUUUUUAUUUGGUCCCCUUCACCAUAAAAGGAGUCGCAUCCACUUAAAGCGGUGAAGCCACAUCAGCGAGCGAUCGGGUUUGUUUAGUCACUGCGCUUCUUUCAUUGUUUUCCUGUGAACAGUGUAAAACUUGGGCUCAUGUAUUGUUUCUGCUGUAAUAUAUAGGCUUCCAACCCUUUCUGUGCGUAAAUGUUUGUAUUGAUUCAAGCAUGCAACUGUUGGAGAAACUUGUCAAAAGGCCGUCUUGCUUUUUUUGGCCACGCUGAGCACAGACCAGUACCACCACCCGGGUGUUUUUGAGCAUUUUCUUUCGGUUUUCUUCGUCUUGGGUUCACAUCUCCGUUCGCCCCCUCAAAAUGCGUGCCGCUGCAAACAUAAGGAAGUCUGAGUGAUUUUUUUUUUUUUUUUUUUUUUUUUUUUUUUUUUUUGGGGCUAAUGUGAUCAAGCGGAGGGGAGGGACGGUUCUCUUCCCUUUUGCUCAUGUGGCUUCACCGUAACAACAGGUAGGUCAGAUUCACGGUGACCAAGCUGCUCCUAAAGCACAACACCAGAUUCUGACACCUGAUUUAAAAAUGAUAAACAAACACUAAAUUAGACGGCCUGCCUCGGAGUUGCUGAGAAGCCUUACAGCAUGAGGGUCCUGCUCCGUAAAGUCCCACUGGUGAGCUUUUUCAUCGACGUGAGCGUGGCCCCCGUUCUACCAGAGGCUUUAAAUUACACGGCUCCCAAACCACGGGGGGUGUUUUUUGUUUUUUUGUUGUUUUUUUUUUUUUUUUUUUUGGGGGGGGGGGUAAAAUCUUAUCCAUGUGCUGCUUGCAUUGAUUACAGGUUACUGAUUGUUGAAGGUUUAAGGGGUCAUAUCGGGGUGUUUGAAGCAUUUUAAUGACAGGAUAUUGACCAUGUCUUUUUUUUUUUUUUUUUUUAGUUAUUUUUUAUUUUAUUUUAAUUUUUUUUUUUCCCCUCCACCCCCACUGCACCAACAGUGAAUCAUGCCUAAUGACCCCCACCUGGCGUCCAAACCAGGCAUUUCUCACAUUUAACAAACCGCAGCGAUUCAUUUUGAGGUUCACGGACAUUCCUGGUGGGGGGAGGGGGGAGUUACCCGUUUCUCGCCCCCAAAAAGAAGAAGGAGGAAGGAAAAAAAAAAAGAAGAUGUUGACAGGACGGUAUAUAUUUUGACUUUGUGCGCAUUUUAAAGAAGAGUGGCUGACAUGAUUUAAAAGCUGAAUGUGGUGGUGUGUGACUUGUACUUAAUCUGUAAGGGUAAUCUAGGCAGCUGUGAUGUUGUCAUUAAAGUCAGUGGGGUUUUAGUACCAGCAGACUGCAUAUAGUUUUAUCAGACAAUGGUUGUGACAAGUGCAUUUGUUCUCUCUCUUUCUCUUUCUCUCUCUCUCUCUCUCUCUCUCUCUUUCUCUGAGAGUAGUGUUAUCUCAGUAGUAAGCAAAGCCCAGUGAAAAUCAUUUAUUCUAAAGUGUAUGAAAAAGCCAGAAAAGUUAACGUUUGCUAUCAACAUAUUGGAAAGUGCUUGGCUCUUGUAUUUUGCAGGACUGUAUUUGUUUCAUGGUGAAGAGUAUAUUUAUUGGCCAGCAGUUGUCUCAAUUGGUGCCUAGUCGAACAUUCUUCUGUGAGAACAGAGACACUCGCUCGUUUGUCUUUUUCUUCCCUCACCCCGCCUCCCGUCACACGGCCACCCUCCCCCAUCCCUCCUUCCCCUCCGUUUUAACCCCACCGUCCUGCCUCUCCUUAACCCCCCCCAUGACCCCCUCACCCGACCCCCUCCAAAAGUACCGGAGCUCGGUGCUUGCAAGGAUGUUUACAAUGUCUUCAUUUUCUUUCUGUGUGAGAAAGUCAGAACUCUUUUCCCCCCACGCCCCCUUUCUCUCCUCUGUCGUCUUUCCUUUCAGGAGUUUGUGUAAAGUGUACAUUACCAUGGUUCUUUUUUAUACAAUACUCUGUAACUUGCCUUUGUAAAUUUGGGCUGGAAAAAAUAAAUCUUUUUAUGAGA